CAUUAUCUCCCGCCUCUGGCUGUUUGUCGUCCACAAUGACCAGUGUCGCCUGCCUGGGCGUUCCAUUCCGGUAGGCAGAGGUACCAUAAGGCCCGGUCACAAACAGUAACAAUGGAAAUCUGGCUCAAUGUUUACUCAAUUCAACAACGGUGCUGGCUAGAUGACUGAUGCAAACCUUUGGAUAUCAACGCCACACUUGUCCACGGCUGCAGUCAGUCGCGAUCCGAUCGGUGAAGUGGUAGCAACUCUUUCGCACUUUCCAAGCAGUUUGACCAGUUGGGGAUAGCAUUUUUUUGCUUUUUGUGAAUCAGUGUUUGGACGAACACCUUCCCAUUCGGCAUCCAGAUCAGUGCGUACGCGAGCUUCUGUUUCAGUAGUGUCUCGUACGAAGUCGCGUGGAGUAGUUAUUUUUGGGUCAACGCUUAUUCGCAUAAACGUGGGACGCAUUGUCCGAAUGCGGCAUUCAGUGUUGGAAAAAUAGUUCUAUUUGUGUUUUUCUGCAACAUGCUUUGGUAACACGGAGUAUGUUUCAAUGAAUUGUUGGUGGAUUAAAAAGAUACAAGGUGAUUUAUGGAAGACGUAUUCAAACAGAGCAUAGAUAAGUGUCUGAAGUUGUAAUCUGAAAAGCGUAUCACCAGCCACACUUUACAACACUUGUUUAAUUAAAAGUCAGUGAAGUGUUAACAAAUAAUGCAAACAGAUAAACCUGACGUAGGUUUCUCUGAGUUUACGAGUAAGAGAUGUGACUGAGGAACAGAAAAGUAUCGUCAACGAUAUAGAUAGUGCGAUUUCGGAAACAAACCACUCCAACAGCUCAACGUGCAUUUCAAAACAUUUACCUUAGAGCAGUGGCAGUCGGCGCAACCGAAAACCACCUGAAUCGUCAUAAUCAACACAAUUAGCACCGUGCAAAAAUGAAACGAAGUGUUUUGGUGGUUUUGCUAGCGCUAGGGUUCCUAGAGGUUACAGUUACCGGAAACGACAACCAUCAGGCGACGUUCGGUGGCUCCGGUGGCGAGAACAAAUUCCUGAGAUACCUCUUCAACAAGUAUGGCAGCAAAGGAGUAAUAUCGUUCGAGGGUCUGGAACAUCUAAUGCACAGUCUCGGCUUGGGGGGACUGGAUUUCACGCCCUCGCACACAUUGGACGAACAUCGUCCAGAUGGAUUCAAAACAUCGGAUAUUGUGAAUUCCUUCACGGCAGACUACAGUGAAAAUGAUCUUCAGCAACAAGAGAAGGUCACCGUUUCAAUCAACAGCAUCAGCGAAGAUCACGCACGAUCUUCCCAUCAAGAUGAUGUAUUACCACCAAGUACGGAGUAUCCCGAGAGAAACAGACGCGCAGAAUCACAUCAUUACCACCAUCACCCUCGGGAGGCCGAACAGGACAUUAUUAGCAGUUCUGAUCAGAUAAAGCAUUUCAACGAACUAACGCCAGAAGUGAAUAAUACCAAAGAAAACAGCACCUCCUCCGCUACCGGCCAAGCAGACGUGAGCUCCUCGUCGAAUAGUGGCGAAGAUGAUAGCGGCAAUUGGCACAAUGAAAUAUGGCAGGAAAUUAUCUUUAAGGAGAUUCACGAUCCACUGCAUCGUCAUCCGCGCCGAGAUGAUCGUCGUAAAUCCUGCCUGUCGCCGAUGUCCAUGGUCCAUCUUAUUUUAGAAGAGCCACAGAACAGCGAUGAAGUUCUGCACCAGAACUUCAACUACGGACACCUCGGGCCCUUGGAUGCAAGGCAUCGUCGCUCGAUACCGCAUGCCCAUCCUCACGACGCAACUGACCACGAACUCGAGGUGGAAGAAAUUCUGGCUGCCCGGAUCAAAAUCACUCCGGCCACAUUCAAAGAUCUUUGCCCGGCUUUGCUGGCACAAAUCGAUCAAAGGGCUUGCAUGGAGAAGUAUCAAUCCAAAGAUCUACCGCACGUGGAAAAGAAACUUUUUAAUUAUGCGUGGCUGUAUGCAACCGUUUGCGUAUUUAUCAUCUCAAUCUGUGGAUUAGCUGGGGUGGCGAUUGUUCCAUUGGCUAAAUCGGUUGCAUAUGAUGAAAUUCUUCGGUUUUUGGUCGCUCUGGCCGUUGGAACGCUAUGCGGAGACGCGCUGAUGCAUCUGCUUCCACAUGCGCUUAUACCCCACGAAGAACGUUCAAUGGUAGAAGACGAUCACGGUCCUAGUGAUGAUCAUUCCCACGGCCAGGAACCCGUAUGGCUGUGCUGUUGUGCAUUUCUCAGUGCAUUGUUCAUGUACACUCUGGAAACCAUUCUUCCGAUGUUGCGAUCGGAUGAUGAUUCCGGUCAUCAUGGCCACUCACAUGCUCGAUCAAAAGUGGCUCCAGUCCCAGAACCGUCUCAAAUGCGGCGAAACACCAACUCAGUGGACGAUAUCGAACUAGACUUACAGGACCGGCAAAGGAAGGAGUUGAACAGCAUGCUCGAGAAGAAGCCAAAGCAGAACAAGCCACUUAGUCCGGUGGCGUUUAUGGUUAUCCUGGGCGAUGGCCUGCACAACAUAACCGAUGGACUGGCCAUCGGAGCAGCGUUUGCAGCCGAUCCGGUCACCGGGAUGGCCACAUCUUUUGCCAUCCUGUGCCACGAGCUGCCCCACGAGCUGGGAGAUUUCGCGUUGCUGUUGCAAACGGGAGUUAGUAUAAAACGUGCCAUGUUCCUCAACGUGGUAUCUUCGAUAUUAAGUUUUAUAGGUAUGUUAAUUGGAUUGCUGGUGACCGGUUUGCACGAAUCGGUUGUACGGUGGAUCUACGCGGGAACGGCCGGAACGUUUCUCUACAUUGCCUUGGCAGAUCUUGUUCCGGAAAUGAACCGGGACCUGAGCGAAACGGUUUCCAGCGAUCAACGGUGUAAAAAACUGAGAACCACGUGGACUCAGAUUUGUGGCAUAUUUUUGGGGGGAAUGAUCAUGCUGGUGAUAGCACUGAACGAAGAUCACUUGCGGGUGUUAUUUGAAUAAAAUAUUUUUAAACAAA